AAACCCCUGCACUACGGGACCCUCCUGGGCAGCAGAGCUUGUGCCCACAUGGCAGCAGCUGCCUGGGCCAGUGCCUUUCUCUAUGCUCUGCUGCACACAGCCAAUACAUUUUCCCUACCCCUGUGCCAUGGCAAUACCCUGGGCCAGUUCUUCUGUGAAGUUCCCCAGAUCCUCAAGCUCUCCUGCUCACACUCCAACCUCAGGGAACUUGGGCUCAUUGUGGUUGGUGACUCUUUAGUAUUUGGCUGUUUUGUGUUCAUCGUUUUCUCCUAUGUGCAGAUCUUCAGGGCUGUGCUGAGGAUCCCCUCUGAGCAGGGACGGCACAAAGCCUUCUCCACCUGCCUCCCUCACCUGGCUGUGCUCUCCCUGUUUGUCAGCACUGCCACAUUUGCCUACCUGAAACCCCCCUCCAUCUCCUCCCCAUCCCUGGAUCUGGCCCUGUCAGUUCUGUACUCGGUGGUGCCUCCAGCCCUGAACCCCCUCAUC